AUGCGGUACCGCAGUAUGUACCCAUCCUCGGGAUCCCGAGGCCGCAAUGGAACGAUGAUGAAGAGGGCCGAGGGGGGGACACAGACUCUGGCAUGUUUUGUACUUCGGGGCUGGAAGGAGAGCAGCAGCAGGGUCAAGUUUGUUGAGGAAGCGAAAGAAAGAGUUGUUGUAGGAUGCGGUCUUGAGAAGGCGGCGGGGGAUGACAAACGCAUUCUGACGUACGUUCGCCGAGGCACUGCACUGGGCCAUUUUGUCCAUAUCCCCUUGCAUGUGUCAGCACACAUGUUUUCCUCACGUGUUUCACUUCUUGGCGAUGCGCCGGCUAGGCGCGGCAUCCUGCGUGCGUGCGCAAGUGCGGAGGAGGAAGAUGACAAGGGUUGA